AGAACCAAUGGGAAAGCCGUGUGUUUGAGCAGUGUGUACACAUAGCAUAUGAACCGACGUACCUACGAAGAAAUUAUGUUUGGUGUGAAAAUGGAACUCAUUUCUAGUAUAGAGUUUAAAGCGACACGAGGAUCACCGCCCUUUAUUACCUACGCUGGACACCGGCUAGCGGUCAGUCGCGACUGAGACGUGAGGCCUGCAGGUCGACCCAUGGACCCUGGGGCGGAUUAUUACAAACCUACGGAUUAUUCACUGCAGAGGCUGAAGAUGAAGGAAUAACGAAAGUUUUGUGGCAAUGGAGUUCACGUGAUCAAGUUUAAAUGAAUACGAUGCUACGUCAAAAUGAUAGAUUAUUUAUCAGUAAUUCUUUUAAUUACCAUUCAUACUGGUUUAUCAGACAAGGAACCAAGUCAGAGACUCCCAUGUAGGACUCAAGAAAAUCCAGAUCAUCAGAAUUCCUUUCUGUGGACACUGAACCGAGAUCCACCCUCCUACUUUUUCGGGACAAUCCAUGUUCCUUACACCAAAGUGUGGAGUCACAUUCCAGAAAGCACCAAAGAAGCUUUUCAACAGUCAGAGAACAUAUUCUUUGAGUUGGAUCUCACAGAUGUGUAUACAGUUACAGCUUUGGCUAACUGUCAACUCUUGCCAAAUGGGGAGAACCUAUCAGACGUUUUGCCGGUUGACAUGUUCAACCGAUUAAAGAGUCAUCUAGAGUAUGUUCGACAAAAAAUGCCCUCGUGGAUGUCCGCUGACCAAAAGGGCCGAGGAAUGUACGCGGACUAUUUAUUUAAUGCUAUUGCGGGGAACUGGCAGAGAAAACGACCCAUUUGGGUCAUGCUUAUGGUGAAUUCAUUAACAGAAAGUGAUAUUAAGUCAAGGGGGACCCCAGUCUUAGACUUAUACCUCGCGCAACAGGCAGAAAAAAUUGGGAAGGUGACAGGUGCAAUAGAACGAGUGGAGGAACAGUGUGUGCCACUCAACGAGCUGAAUUUCUCACAGGUGCUAUUUGCAUUGAAUCAAACACUAUGGCAGCACGAGGCAUACCGGGCUAGUGAGGAAGGAGGGACGAGGUACACUACGGACGAGCUCAUAUAUCACUACAAUUGCGGGGACCUCAAUGCUGUCAUCCUCAAUCAAAACACAGCGCAGGUGCGCAGUCUCGUCAACAACUCCCUACCCCCGGGUGCUCAGGAGACUGCCAAACUCAUCGACGAAUACUUCCGAUUGGAACUUAUAAAUAAACGCAACGAGAGGAUGGCUGAGAGAGUAAUUAGCUUGCUCAAAGCCCAUCCAAAGAAAAGCUUUUUCUUUGCCUUUGGUGCAGGUCAUUUCCUUGGUAACAAUACCAUCCUAGACCGCCUGUGGGAGGAAGGAUACAGGGUGGAACAUACGCCCGCAGAUAGCAUCAUUCCAAAACAUGAUAAAAAUUCUAAUAAGCACCAUGGAAAAAAUAAUAGAAAGAAAGGAAAGAACACAUCGUUCCCAAAUUAUGAUAGCUUUAGUGAUUUCUGGUUCCAGUUGGAGUCAGACACAGAUUAUAGUGAUUGGUUGAAAAAGAGGGAUAAACACAGAAAGAAAAUCUACAAUCGGUACAAAGAGAAACCGUUUAACGACCUUUGGGUAAAGAUGGAUGCCGAGACGUCAGAUUUGAUGAACCAGCUAGCAGAGAGAUACAUGUCAUCAAAGGGGGUUACCCAAGAACAGACUGUCAGCGAGGAUCACUAUGGUUAUUCUAAUAGUCAUAGGCUGUCACCAUGGCAACCAUCAUUGUUGUGGACUUUUGUGCUAGUGCUGAAUGUGAUACAGCAUCUGGUUCAUUCCUGUUAGGUUGUGAGUCUUUCAAAAUGGCCGCCACGGGCAGACGGUCAUUGAGGCUUGGGUGAGAGAUUAGAUAGUCAUGGAUGAUUGAAUACCUGAGCAAUAAAGUGUCCGUUUUGAGUGGGGACUCUGGAGCUGUGAGCCCUUGACACUGGAAAGAUUAUAGCAUACUAAGUAAUUAAGAAAAAUGAUUUUGUACACAUGACUUAUUUAUGUAUUUAAGUAAUUAUAUAAUGACCUUGAGAGAUUGUAAUCUUGACCUUGAUAUAUUAAUCAAAUUACCUUGAGAUGUUCCUGGACCAUGGGGUUGAUAUGUUCUUGUGAACAUGUGGUUGAUAUGUUGAUGGUCAGUGGUUAACAUGUUGACCUUGAAAGACUUACAUAAUGACCUUAAGAAACAGCUUUGUUAAUUUGAAGGUCACUUUUUAAUAUUUGUGCUGUCUAACAAUUGUUAAUUGUGUCAUUCGCUUAAAAAGUUAAGAUGGAACAGUCUGGGCCAACCAUGGCCUGUACCUAAAACUUGAGAUGGAACAGUCUGGGCCAACCAUGGCCUGUACCUAAAACUUGAGAUGGAAGUCUGGGCCAACCAUGGCCUGUACCUAAAUCUUGAGAUGGAACAGUCUGGGCCAACCAUGGCCUGUACCUAAAUCUUGAGAUGGGACAGUCUGGGCCAACCAUGGCCUGUACCUAAAACUUAAGAUGGAACAGUCUGGGUCAACCAUGGCCUGUAUCUAAAUCUUGAGAUGGGACAGUCUGGGCCAACCAUGGCCUGUACCUAAAACUUAAGAUGGAACAGUCUGGGUCAACCAUGGUCUGUACCUAAAUCUUGAGAUGGAAGUCUGGGCCAACCAUGGCCUGUACCUAAAUCUUGAAAUGGGACAGUCUGGGCCAACCAUGGCCUGUACCUAAAUCUUGAGAUGGAAGUCUGGGCCAACCAUGGCCUGUACCUAAAUCUUGAGAUGGGACAGUCUGGGCCAACCAUGGCCUGUACCUAAAUCUUGAGAUGGGACAGUCUGGGCCAACCAUGGCCUGUACCUAAAUCUUGAGAUGGAACAGUCUGGGCCAACCAUGGCCUGUACCUAAAUCUUGAGAUGGGACAGUCUGGGCCAACCAUGGCCUGUAACUGGACUGUUUUCUUUACCAGUAAGCAUUAUCUGAUUUACAUUAGUUGAUUGUAUGAUAGGUUAUCUCUAUUAGAGGCAGACCUGGUGAUAAGAUUUUAUAAACAUCUUGUGCCUGUGAUUCUGUCAUCAGUGUUUCUGUGUGUGUGUGGGUGUAUUGGUGUUUAUGUGUGAGGUUGUGUGUGAGGGUGUGUGUGUGUGUGUGUGAGGGUGUGUGUGUGUGUGGUGGUGUGUGUGCAUGUGUGCGCGUGCGUGCGUUCAUGUGUGUGUGUGCAAACAAUGCCAAAAGGACAAGAUGAUAUUUCUUAGUUUGCUCUCACACAUUUUUUCAUUGGAUUAAUAUUACGAUACUUCGAUGUUUAGUCAUCCAACCAACACAACCCUGUGAUACAGCGUAUUCAAUGGAUGUCCUUUUUGUAUGGUACAUAAUAUGUAAUAUUGUUUCUUUUUUCCUUUUCAAUCUUUUCGAGCACAGUGUGUAAAUAAAUAUGUAACAAUGUAUAUAUAUUGUAUACUAAUUGUACUGUAAGCAUUAUGAAAAAUUCCUGUUUUACAAACUAAGAAGUAGGUUUAUUGAAUGGCUGGAAAAUACCUUCACGUUGGCAACAUUACAUGAUGGUUAAUAAGACUGAAAUAAGAUUGACAAGCUAACGAUUGAAUAAUCUGAAUGAAAAAGUGAUACAUUUGUAUGUAAAAUCCACUUUCUUGUAGGACGGAAUGGCUUUUUGGCAAUUACUAAAUAAAUAUUCAAAAGAGUUACACUUACUGGGUUCUUGAAUAGUAAGGCUAACUUAAUGAUUAUUCAACAGAUUAAAAUGUGAUGAUUAUUCAUUAAUUAAGGUUGUGAUGUGUAUUUAUAUGUUACAACCUUGUUGAACAUUUAUUAAGUAAGUUCAUUUACAAUUACAAAAAGGGCUUUUUCACAUGCAGGUGAAAUAAACGAAAUCAAAUGAUCUAAAAUUUUCAGGAUUAUGUGAAUUAGAUGAUCUUUAAGCAGAUUUACAGAUUUCCGUGAAAAUUUUCAGUAUAACCUAUACAUUUUAAAGCUGGCUCCCUGUUAGUGUACUGUAUGAAUUUCUUAACUAAUAUCAAAGUAUUAUCAUUCAAUAUCUGUUGUGUGUUAUUGUAUCAGAUGUUUUUAUUAUGCCCUCCAUAUUUCCUUUAAAUACUCUUUUUAAUACCUUGCUCACACAUUAUACUCAUACUACAGGGUCAAAAAUUUUGGGUAAAAAUUACACGGUAUGAAAUAUAUGCAAAGGUAUCAUUUGUUUCAUCAUCGAACCUGUCUGAUAUUGUUCUUCAUGUUGUUAAUUUGUGUGUCUAUUUCCACCGACUACUGCUAAUUUGUACCUCAGAUUUAUUGUAUAAAAUGUCAGCAUUAUUCCUAAUGUAAAUCUAAUAUUCUCUCAGACAUAAAGCUGUUUAUUCCUAAUGUAACUCUAAUAUUCUCUCAGACAUAAAGCUGUUUAUUCCUAAUGUAACUCUAAUAUUCUCUCAGACAUAAAGCAGUUUAUUCCUAAUGUAAAUCUAAUAUUUUCUCAGACAUAAAGCUGUUUAUUCCUAAUGUAACUCUUAUAUUCUCUCAGACAUAAAGCAGUUUAUUCCUAAUGUAACUCUAAUAUUCUCUCAGACAUAAAGCUGUUUAUUCCUAAUUUAAAUCUAAUAUUCUCUCAGACAUAAAGCUGUUUAUUCCUAAUGUAACUCUAAUAUUCUCUCAGACAUAAAGCUGUUUAUUCCUAAUGUAACUCUAAUAUUCUCUCAGACAUAAAGCUGUUUAUUCCUAAUGUAAAUCUAAUAUUCUCUCAGACAUAAAGCUGUUUAUUCCUAAUUUAAAUCUAAUAUUCUCUCAGACAUAAAGCUGUUUAUUCCUAAUGUAACUCUAAUAUUCUCUCAGACAUGUGAUAUUGGUAUUCACAUGCUGUUGUCCUGUUUGUCAUUUUAAUUUCAAUAACUGACAAAAAAAUCAAUAUCUGUUUCAAGAAUUCUUUAUUAAUUUUGUUAACCAUUGUUGGUGCAGAAUUACUGCGAUCAGGGCAAAAAAGCUUCUCCAGGCUUGGCCACUUAGAAAUAACAUCCAGAAACAAAUAGGUUUGGUUAGUUUUAUUGCGUUUAGGCCUGAUAAUGGAAUGCUUUAUAGUGCAUCCAAAGUAAAAGUGAAAUUCUUUGUCUCCGAUGACACCGAUAUCAUUAAUUUGUAAUAUCAUUAAGGCAGACAUGGUCCUUUUAUGCUGGAAAAAGUAACUAUAUCAAUUAAAAAUGUUGCUUUCCUUCCAGAGCCAAAGUUAUGAGUCAGGAGCAUGAUGUUGGGAAAUUUUGACAGCAGCUGAUGUGAUUAGUGUCUAUUUCAUAGAAACCAGACUUUUGAAUUAUUUGAAAGAUAGGGAAUGUGGCUCAUUCUUCAUUGAAGUUCUGUAAUUUGUCCAUAGUGCAGAAGAUAUUUUCUGCAGUGCUGUUUUGUUUGUUUUGUUCUGUAUUUUUUUUUCCAAGUUUUCCUCAUUCUAGAUCCAUUUUGUAACUUUUAUCACACUUUAUAAGAAAUCUUGAUUAAUUUUAACAUAUGUAGACGUACAUGUAUAUACCUUGGAAGUAUGGUUGGUGACAAUCAUGCUUAUUUGAUAGUGGAAAAGUAUGUCCACAGAAUAUUCAAAACGUUUAGUGCUAAGGAAUGAGUUUUACUGUCGUUUAUAAUUCUCUAACUUAAAGAUAAAUAAAAAUUCCAAACUGUCAUUAAAAUGACACAUGCAGCUUGUCAGAUUACCUGUUUAACUUUCAUUUUCUUUUUGGUUUUUAGGCUUGAUAAAUGACAAAUAAGGGGCAUAAUUUUGUCAUUUACGUUUACAAUUUACUCCAUUUUCACCUCUGAAAUAUAUUACUUAGUCCUAUAAGAAUUGAAAUUAAUUAACAAAACCCUGUAUUAAUAGUGCAAUAUCCAGUGAGGUAUGUAAGAUGGAUGAGGGAGAGACACUUUGAAACACUGUUUGUGUGAAUGUCCAGUCAUUAGUACAAGGAAAGUAAGAAGUCUGUGGGAUCACUUUCCAUUUCAUAUUAAUCCUUUUAAAAAUGUUCUGUUAUGAAUUUGAUUUGAAAUGGCUUUCAUUAUAUUUUUGAAAAUAGCAUGGCACUGUCUGGUAUCUGGAAAAUAAACAUUAUAAAUACCAAAUUUUCUAUAAAUGAUUGUUGCUGUAAUGCAUACGUCAGAGUUUUCAGAAGCUCAAAUUAUAAAUCAAAUGGUUUCAACAAUCUACAUAUACAAACACACCAAGUGAAAAUAUCAAACAUCAAACAUACUUUAGGGGAGGGGAGAUAACCCAUUUUAGCCGGCCUGCAUGUACAUAGAAAGGGGAGGUAAUAAUUUAGAGGCAUAUAUUUCUUACAAAAGCCUGUAAAUGAUUCUUUCUUAUACAAGUAUGUGUUUUAGUACCAAUAUAUUGUAAUCUUUGUGAUCCUUUAUUCAACAUAAUUGAAAUAUAGAAGAAACUUGAUAGAAAAAGAAAUCUGUUGAAACAUUUUGGCCACAAGAAUUGCAUAAUUAAUUAAUUUUCACUGUACGAUACCGUAUGAUUGUUCAACUUCUAACACAUAGCCCACCAGAGCAAGAAAUCAAAAUCACAAUAGCAUUACUACUAAAUUGAUGUUCCGAAAUAUGUUUGUGUAUAUUCCAUAUAGCCUUUCAAUGUUGAUAUUGUGUUGUGAAAAAAGCAAACAGUUUUUUCAUGAAAUAUUAAAUGCCAUGGACUCUUCAAUAACUCACACUAAUAUUUGAAUAUUUUGACACCAAGUUUAUUUCUGUAACAAUGUCAUCGACCAUAUAACAAAAUCUGACAGUAACAACUUCAUUUUGUGUAGGAUUUCCUUUUAUUGUUUUAUUUGGACAUGUACAGCAGUACUCCUUAUCUCAACUUUGGUCAAUAUUCAGGUUGGAAGUGCUUUUUUUCUCUUAGUUGCAUUUACUUAAUCUUUGUACAUUUUUACUUCAUUGCUUGAAGGAAAGGUUAUUUGAUAGCAAAUAUUUACUCAUCAAAGAUAGAAAAGAUUUAUUUUCACUGAAUUAAUCAAUAUUAAGUGAAAAAAUAGGAACAAUUUUUGAGUCUUAAUAAUAUCAAAUGCAGAUUUAAGAGAGCACAAGUGCCAAAACUUUCCUUGAAAUCAUUUGAGAGUUAAAAUUUGAUCUAAAUACAAAUGACAUUUAGAACUUGAGGGAGGACUUAAACUUUGUCAAAGUUACAAGGACUAAUUGUCAAGUAUGCUAGACAGGAGAUAAACCAAACUUACAGAAGAGUUAGACCUCGGUCAGGCUUAAUACAUGUCAAAGAUAAACUAAAAAUCUUAAGAUAUUAACUAAAGUAUUGACUAAAUAUGUAUAAUGAUAAUACGUAAAACGUUGGACAUGAGAGUCUAGGUAGACUUGAUACACGAGACAGAAGUUAGAAGAAAUAACAUGAAAGUCUAUAGUAAGACAAUGUUAAUUCAUUUCUACCUCAAUAUGAUGUUGUAACCAUGGAUUUAGCCCUGAAGGACUUGGGGCUAAAGGUUUGAGGAGAUACAAAUUAAAACUACCUUAAAUAAUCAA